AUGUUGCCAUAUUUCGAAAUUUCAAGGUUAGUUCAAUUUUGGGAGGAUUUUUUGAUGAAAAAAGUUUUCCAAAGAAGAAGAAGAAAAAGCACGUGAUUUAUCACAUUUUUCUCUGUUUUCUCAAACUAGACUAUAGUUUUAUUUGAGUUAAACUAGAGUCUAGUUCAGCUAGUUUUUAAUAAUUGAAAAAUUGAAAGUAUGUACCUUCAAAAAGCAAUCUACUGUACCCAUGAAAUCUAUUUUUUCCCUCUUGAAAAAUAAAAGAAACAAACUAGAGUCUAGUCUGUCUUCUCCUCACGCGCAAAAAAUCAAUAUAUUUAUUUUUUCGUCAACCGGCUUUGGUCACUUCAAAUAAAUAUAAUUUAUAUACUUUUUUGCGCGCUUUUUUUGGUCGAAACUAGACUUUUUUGGAACUGAUUUUUUGUGGGAAAUUUGGAAUUUGGAGCAUUAAUUUUAGACAGGUCUGAAAAUUUUGAAAACAUUUUUUUGGAAAAAAAUUAUGAGUUUCUGAAGGAAAAAUUGAAUAAAUUCAAAUUCCUGAUAUUUGGUCAAAAAAUUUCAUACCUAAAAAAAUGUCUGUUUCAAAAUUUUUUCAAAUCAGCGAGUUCUGAAUUAAAAAUGUUCGAAUGUAGGGGUUCCCAGAAUCAAAUUCCAGAAAGAAUAAAAAUUACAGAAAAUUUUCACUGUUUCAAAAAAUUUUCAUAAAUCAAUUUUGACCUAUGAAAAUAGUUUGAGGACGUAUUUCAUAACAGUGAAGCUAUCUGAAAAUUUUCACUGUUUCACAAUUUUUAUUCAAAAAUACAGCCCUAAAAAUCCACGUGAUGAAACGGUUGCAAAAUUUUCUGAAAAUUAUUUUAAAUUUCAAUCUCAAAUGAUUUCACUGUUUCAAAAUAUUUGUAUCAAUUUUGAAUCAAAGCGAAAAUUCUAAUUUUCCCCCAAUAUUUUUCCUGACCUUCUUCUUCUUCCUAAUGCAUUUUCCUCCUUUUUUUCCAAUAUAUUUUUGGUGCCAGUUGGUGUGUAUACUUUUGAGAGAGAAAUGUCUCGAAUUUCAACCAUUGUUUGGAUAAUAAUCAUCAUCAUAUUUUCCUGGUUUUCUAAAUAUUUAUUCAUUUAUUUAUGCAAGAAAAAAAGUUAUUUUAUAUAAACAUAAAUCAUUUUGUGAUUUAUUUCUAAUCUAACAUUUUUGUUAUAAAAAUCCCCAGAAAUUUUUAGAGAAAAAGCUGUAUCCGUUCCAGUUUUUGUUGAUUUUCGCGCACAUUUUUCCAACAGAAAAAAUGCAUAGUUAGGCUUAAGUGCUACCGCGCAAGAGACAUUUUUGUAGAUCAAAAACCAAUUUUUCUUUGCACCAAUAAUGUCACGUGGAUUUUUGGCAAUUAAAAAAAAGUUUGUACAAAAAUUCACUGUUUCAAGUGCAUAUUUUUUGAAUAAAAGUGGAUUUUUCAUACCAUUUCAAAACUUUGGCGUGAAAAUUUGUAUUCUGACUCAUCUCUUUUUUAUAGUCAUAUUUUAUAAAUUUUAUAGAAUUCUUUCUAUUUGUUUUAGGCCUGCUUCAACAAAAAAAAGAGAAAAAUCAUGUGAAAAUCGGAUUCAAAUUUCCACCAGUUUUAGUUUUUGGUCCCCUUUUCACCAAAUUUUUUUUAAAAUGAAAAUGAAAAAUUUUAUGAUUAAAAAUCAACUACUAGGAGAAGAUUUUUAUCACCAUCGAAGAAAAAGUGUGAAGAUAGAAAAGAGUUGACCUUUUUGAUGGAAGAAAAGUGGAACCCCAUUUUUUUCUUGAAAAAUAUGAAAUAAAAUAAAAAGUUUUGAUUUCAACGAAAUGAAGUGGGGAUUUUUAAAGUGAGAAAUUGAAACAUUUUUGCCACGUGGCGCAAAACAUUUCAGAAUUCGAUUUUCAAUAUGAAACCGAUUAUAUCCACAUACGAAUUAUUUUUCAAAAAAUAUGUAGAAAUUAUUAUUUUUUUUGAAACAGUGAAUUUUUAAAAAUUUUCCACGUGGCAUUUUGUAGCCCCAAGUUGUUUGUUAUCAUAUCACAUGUGUUUUUUCCUGUCUCCUCUGCUUGUUUUUCAAAAAAAAAAAAAAGACAACUUUGUUUUUUGUUUUUGCUGUAAUUUUCAGCAAAGACCAACUUUUCUCUCAUUUUUGAUUUUUUUUCAGAAAAAAAAGUUCCUGCUUGAAAAUUGUUUGAAAAAUUCCAUGAAUUCCAAAUUUUCUGUGCACCCGAAACAAAAACCAAAAUUUUUUCGGACUUUUUCCUAAUCUUCUCUUUUUAUACAUCUUCUUGAGCAGAAAAACACAGAAAAAUAUAUACGAAUUCGUAUAUUUCUCCUUUUCUUUAGAAUUUAAAAAAAAAACAGCAGUUUUGUUUUUCGGGGAUUUUUCAUGGAAAAAUUGGAAUUUUCUUGGAAGAAAUGAACUUUCUAGUUAGAACUUUAUUGAUUUUUGUGAAAACUUAUUGGUUUUAGGGUUCUACAUCUUGAAAAUCGGAUUCUAGGCCACCUAGGCCAUAAAAAGCUAGCUAUAGCUUUCACUCGGUCAUCAUUCGAUUUUCUAGGUCAUCAAAGCCUACUUUCUUGUAGUCUUGCUCAAAAUUUGGUUUUCUAGUCCUCCAUAUUUCUAUCCAGAAGAUGUCCCCAUGUUUUCAGCCCACCAAAUAUAAUUUAAAAUUUCUAGGAAUUUUUCCUUGCUAGCCGAAAAAAAAUUCCAAUUUUACGCCAAUUUUCCAAUCACAAACACGAACAAAAAAAACAUACAAUUUUGUUUCAAACGCAGUAAACUGUGACUUUUUCCAAUUAUUUUUUCGUACAAUUUUUCGCGAACAAACAGCAAUACACAUUGACAGAGAGACAAUAAUUGUUCUGCAUCGAUUUUCAGAGCGCCGCCGCCGCCAAAAAAAAAAACGAAAUAGGCGGAGCUUCAGCGAAACGAAAAAAGGCGAACGCCGUUCUCUUCGCUGCUCUUUUGGGCUCUCGGCGUUUUAUCGAUUUUCGGACUCGGUCUUUUUUUGCUUGUCCAACAAGAAGAAGAAGCGAAAAUGAUGAAAUGGUCUCUUGAGACAAGAAAGACAAAAAAAAGAGAAAGAAAAAUGGGCAGGCAGAUUUUGUUUAGAGAUUGCAUUUGGGUUUCAAAAAUCAUUGCUCAUGUUUGAUGAAUCAUGAGAUUAUGAUUGAGAAGUUUUUUGAUAUAUUUUUCCGUAAACUUAUAGCAUUUUCAAAUUUCCGGUGAAGUUCUUUCGAAAAUAAAUUCAUUUGUAGAAAAUGUGUUUGAGAAUUGUCCCUGCUUCUGAAUAUAAUAUGAGCAAUCCCUGAAUCAAAAAUCAACCAGAUUUAGUAUACAUAUAAUUUCAAAGGCUUUAACCUUGAUAGCAAGGAUUUGUAUCUACUAAUCUUUUAAUAACUUAAGAUGAGCAAUGCAUAUGGAAAUCCGCUUGCUUUAUAUUUUCAAUCUUAUGUCAUACCUCCUAGUUUUAUUUCCUAAUUCCGAAGAUUCGACUCGAAAUCUCUUAUAAUCCUUUAAUAUGAGCAAUAUAAUCCUAGGAUUCGUGUUUUCAUAAUCCCUUAACUUGAGCAAUAUUCAGAUCAGCCAAUCUAGAUCUCCAACAUUACUCAUAUUAUACCUUUCACUAGCUUCUAAUAUUUCCUGAUAUUUCUCAUCAAAAAUCACCAUCAACUUUUUUUCCUUCUUUGUUUUGUUUUGUUUAUUUAUUUGAUUUCUCCCGCAAAUUCUCCGCCCAUUCGCAAGAUUUUUUCACAUAGUUAGCAGCAACAGGCCUCGAGAAAAAGAAUCGUUUCCUUGUUCAUUUCUCGUUCGAUUUUCAGUCUCCGUUCGUUUUUUUCGGUCUGUUCUCCGCCUAUUUCACUGCGUCUCCUCACUUCUUCGUAUAUAUAAAUACAUAAAUAUAUUUAUAAAUAAAUAUACAAGUGAUAGAGUGUGGAGUUGUGUGAAGAGACACAGACACUCACUCCCUCUAAUAUCAUAAAAUAAAAUAAACGGACUGCCUGAGGGCGCUGUGUCUCACAAACCACUCUGCGUCUCUAACCCAUUCUUUGUUUCUCUGCCCGUUUCUUCUUCUUCUUCGUUUUUUUUGCUUCAUUAUUACUCUUGUUUUUCUGUGUUGUAAGGAAGAGGUGGAGCUUAGAAGGUAUACUGUAGAUUUAUUAUUUAUUAGAUAUCUAAAUAGCUAGGUAGCAUAGAUUAGGAAAUUCCAACGACACUCCGUGAUUCCUCAACUCAAAUCGCUAAAAGUGCAACUUUUCUCCCUCUGGAUUAUCCCAUGUAUAGUGCAAAUUUCUAUAAUAAUAAUUCAAUAAUCUGCUAACGAACUCCUCUUCCUUUUUUUUCGAAUCGUGUUUUUUCUGACCAAAAAUAAUAUACGAAUGGAUGGAUGGAUGCAAAAAAACAGGCCUUUUUUCGUAUAGAUGCAUAAUAAUCGUGGUAGCCGAAAAAAGAAGAAGAAGUAGUAGUAGUAUAGCAGUCUUGUUUUUGCAUUUCGCCAUCAAAGAUGUUUUUUCUUCGUUUUCGUCUUCUUCUUCGUAUUUAUUUUUUUAGUAGUCGAAGAAGAAAAUUUCAGAGAGAAAGUGUGACUGAAAAUUGUUUAAGAAGACAAAACCGGACGACGUUUUCUCUAAUCGGCAAACAAGUUUCAUUUCCUCACGCAUCAAUAGGUUUGUUCUUCCUCAUAAUGAACUCCUCUUGCACUUUUACAUAUAUGUCUGAACCCCCCUGUCUCAUCUUUAAUUCGAAAGAAUUCCAGUUUCUUUUCGCUGAAAUUGUUCGCGUUCACAUUCGCCAUUAUUAUUAUUAUUAUAUUAUUAUUCAAUUCAAAAAACUCCCCAUCAAUUGAACCGGUUUCUAUAGUCGUUUUCAUCGUCGUCGUUGUUGUUUUUUUUGUUGUUGUUCGGCUGGUAUGUUUUGGCAUUUUCCAUCCACUUCUACAUCUACAUUCAUUCGGUUUUUAUUUUGUUUUUGGUUGUAGGCAUAUUUGGAUUACAGAUGAGUGCGAAUUUUCUGAGAAUUAUGGGAUCCGAUUAGCCAAUUUUUAGAUGGAAGAGUUGUGACCAUACGUCGCAUACCCCUGUUUCAAAUCCGCCAGUGCAUACCCCUAUUUUUGAAAAUUUUCGACGAAAGGGAUAACCCCCCCCCUUUUUUUUAAAUUUUUUUUCUUCAUUUCCAGAUAUAUAAAUCUGAAAAUUACAAUUUUAUUGAGCUUAAGCUCAGAAUUUGCAUCAAUGAGGCAAAUAGUGAAUUUUGAACUUGAGUUAGGGGUAGCAUGCGUUUAUUAGACCCUUAUCAACUAUGCUCCACAAUAAAAUCUGAAGAAUUAAGCAUGGUAUCAGAAUGGGACCACUAUGUCAUUUUUCACCUCUGUUAUCAAAGAACACAGGGGUAAAAAGUCACUAGGGGUAUCUAAUGAAUACCAAUUAAUAUUAGACUUGAGUUAGGGGUAGCAUGCCUUUAUUAGACCCUUAUCAACUAUGCUCCACAAUAAAAUCUGAAGAAUUAAGCAUGGUAUCAGAAUGGGACCACUAUGUCAUUUUUCACCUCUGUUAUCAAAGAACACAGGGGUAAAAAGUCACUAGGGGUAUCUAAUGAAUACCAAUUAAUAUUAGACUUGAGUUAGGGGUAGCAUGCGUUUAUUAGACCCUUAUCAACUAUGCUCCACAAUAAAAUCUGAAGAAUUAAGCAUGGUAUCAGAAUGGGACCACUAUGUCAUUUUUCACCUCUGUUAUCAAAGAACACAGGGGUAAAAAGUCACUAGGGGUAUCUAAUGAAUACCAAUUAAUAUUAGACUUGAGUUAGGGGUAGCAUGCCUUUAUUAGACCCUUAUCAACUAUGCUCCACAAUAAAAUCUGAAGAAUUAAGCAUGGUAUCAGAAUGGGACCACUAUGUCAUUUUUCACCUCUGUUAUCAAAGAACACAGGGGUAAAAAGUCACUAGGGGUAUCUAAUGAAUACCAAUUAAUAUUAGACUUGAGUUAGGGGUAGCAUGCGUUUAUUAGACCCUUAUCAACUAUGCUCCACAAUAAAAUCUGAAGAAUUAAGCAUGGUAUCAGAAUGGGACCACUAUGUCAUUUUUCACCUCUGUUAUCAAAGAACACAGGGGUAAAAAGUCACUAGGGGUAUCUAAUGAAUACCAAUUAAUAUUAGACUUGAGUUAGGGGUAGCAUGCCUUUAUUAGACCCUUAUCAACUAUGCUCCACAAUAAAAUCUGAAGAAUUAGGCAUGGUAUCAAGAUGGGACCACUAUGUCAUUUUUCACCUCUGUUAUCAAAGAACACAGGGGUAAAAAGUCACUAGGGGUAUCUAAUGAAUACCAAUGAAUAUUAGACUUGAGUUAGGGGUAGCAUGCCUUUAUUAGACCCUUAUCAACUAUGCUUCACAAUAAAAUCUGAAGAAUUAAGCAUGGCAUCAAGAUGGGACCACUAUGUCAUUUUUCACAUAUCAACUGACAGUUAGUAACUGUAAUAUUUGCAAAAAUUAUGAUUAAGCGACAAUGUAGAGUUAUUCAAAAUUAAUAUGUAUCAAUGUGGUUGCACAAUUUGAUUUAUUUAGUGUUUCGUUUAACUAGCUAGAUUUGAUAUGAUCUUUCUAAAAGUAAUCUCUUGGAUGAACAAAAUUUCAUAUUUCUCAAAAUUAAAAAUUCUCGAUUUCAAAUCUGUAAGGUUUUUUACUUUAUCGAAUCCGCUAUCUAUAUUUUAAUAUCAUUAAAAGUCAGCGAUCUACAGAAUAGUAAUGUAGUCUACAAUUACGAUCAUAUUUUUUCUCAGAGUUGGUGGUUUGAUUUAGGAUCAAACUAAUGUUUUUGAAAUUAAUACAUUUUCCCUUCUUGGAAAUAGUUGAUAAGAACCAAAUUAAGGUAAAUCACCCCUAACUCAAGUCUAAUAUUAAUUGGUAUUCAUUAGAUACCCUUACUGACUUUUUACCCCUGUGUUCUUUGAUAACAGAGGUGAAAAAUGACAUAGUGGUCCCAUUCUGAUACCAUGCUUAAUUCUUCAGAUUUUAUUGUGGAGCAUAGUUGAUAAGGGUCUAAUAAAGGCUUGCUACCGCUAAUUUAAUUAGAUAUUUAUGUGGAAACUUUUUUGGGGCUUAAAUUGGUAUCCCUAUGGCAGAAUAUGUAGAGAAAAUUAUCAUCAAAACUGAGAAAAUUUCAUAAAAUUUUUUAUCUCAAGUGACAACCCCCUCCAAAAUUUGGUGUGAGGGAUAACCCCUCCACGGGUCGAUUAACCCUGGCAUGCGACGUAUGGUUGUGACUAACAUAAGACAGAAAGGGUUAGCAAGAAACCUGACUAAACCAGAAGUAGUUACGGAAAGUUCAGACACGAAAAAUUCUCGCCAAAAUUCAAUUAUGAGCCCGUCAGCAAAGAAACUUGUUCAUUUUCAAGCUUCAACUUUCAUUUUUUGAGACUAGGGUUCAGGAAGACUUUUGAGACUCGAAAAGCUGUCGAAUUCAGCUGAACCUGUGAUUCGAAAAAAUUCGGGACUAGUGGGAAUUCUAUACCCUCUUAUAUCUACGUCCAAAGUCCAAAAAUCCACGACCUUCUAACUUUAUACAUCGACUCUAAUUAUCCUAUUGUUCUCUUUGCAAUCCAAACAAGAUUGCGCAACUCAACAAAAACAAAACAGCUAGGUGUUCCAUCACAUGAAAAAACAUAAUUAGCAAGUGUGUGUUGUUUUGACGGACCUCUUUUGCUUCUUCUGUUGUCUCCUCACACAUUCAUUCCCUUAUUCGUGUUUUCUUCAGUCAGUUGUAUAUUUUUCGGGCGGCUCCUCGGAGCUGCUCGACUCCGCCCAAUUUCUUCUUCUACUUCGCCUAUAUGGCAUAUAGCAGUAGCCACAUGACUUGUGUAUGUCAGUCAUGCGCGCGUGCGUUCCCUUCUAUUAUUCGCCAAGCCUCUUCGCUUCUUCUUUUCAAGCUUUUCCUGAAUGUGUGUCAUUUAUUCAUUUUGUGGGUGUGCUCUCAACUGCACUUUUCGCCUCAAUUUUGGUGCACUUUUAUUUAACAUAUAUUUCUUCUCCUCUUCUCCUCCCCACUUUUUUCCUUUUUUUUUGCUAUAGUUAGUAGUUCCGAAAAAUAUAUAAUAUUUUUAGUAUUAGUCAUUCGAAAAUUGCCGCUAUUCUCUUUUAUUUUCCAGAAGAACAACAACACUUUAGUCUUGUUAGUCACGAGUGAGAACAGAUUAUUUUUCUUUUCUUUUUUCAGAGCUUCGCGGCUCAAACAGAAAAACAUCACGCAUUUAUAGAAAACUCAUUAAAAACUAUAUCACGAGAAUAUCUGAUAUUCAAAUACGUCAUGUUUUUUCGAACACUUUUUUGGGGAAAAUUAGCCAGAAUAGUAGACUGGGUGGGCCAAGUGGAACAUGUCCUCUUUUUAGGGAUAGGACAUCACCCAGGGCUGCCGUUGAUAUCUGGGUAUACCCGGGCACCACCCGGGUAAAUCGAAAAAUACCCGGGUAUUGAGGCCCAUCGACCUGGGUGUCAAAUACCCGGGUUGGGUGUGGGCACCCUUAGGGCACCCUUUGGUAUGAUGCAAAUUUUUGAUUUUUUUGUUCUGUUUAGCUAUUAUCCAUGUUAUUGGACGAAUUUAGCUAAAACAUGAGUGAUUUUUGAUUGAAAAACUAAUAUGCAACAAAAACGAUCGAUAAAGUUCUAUUUUAUCGAUUUGGUUGACUUCUAAAAUAACUUAAAAUGCAUUAUAUUUUAGAAAAAAGAAAGAAUAUGUUUUUCUUCGACACCAAAUUACAUAAAAAUGAAAGAGUUCGUGAUAAAAUCAACCUUUGAGAGAAUAUGUGCUCAUACUCAACUUAUAGAAAGUCUGUUGUGUGUUUACAACACGAAAAAUAGUAAAAUUUCGAGAAAAAAGCUGAUUUUUUGAAAGUUUUCUACAGAUUAGACCAAUUUUUCAUGUUACUGACCACUUUUCAUGAAAAAAACACAAUUUCCAAAAAAAAAAUUCGAAAAUAAAUUAGUACGAAAAAUCAAAUACGAAGGCCCAUUUUGGGUAUCUGGGUGUGCCCGGGUAUACCCACCCGUUCUGUCAUUUUUCAAUGAAAAUACCCACCCGGGUGUACCCGCCGAACUGUGGGUAUUAGGGUGCCCUGUGGGUGCCCAAACGACACCCCUGCAUCACCGAUAAAACUUGUUAGGCUAUACGUUAACAAUAAGCGAUCUAAGGACGUUAAGUUAAUUUAAGGUCGCUCUGUCAAUUUUGGAUAAUGUUAAGCGCAUAAAAAUGAUUUUAUUAGAAGUCUAUUGAACUUGUCUAUCCUAUGAUUACUGAAUUAACGCACACUAUACGACACCUCUUUGAAUUUCAAAAAGUAAAAACGAAUUUAUGGUGUCACUGGCACCAUGGCAACCCACCAAACCCAAUUUUACUACUACUUUCUUUCUCCCUAUUUCGUCUCCUAUUCAUUUUCAUUCAAACCACAAACAAUUUGAUUUUAUUUCAUUGAAUGUGGUUUCCUGUCUUUUCUUUUUGGCGUAUCCGCCGCUUCGCGCCCAAAAAGGGACCCAUGUUCUUUUUUGUUGUUGUUUAUGUUUUCGUACCAGCCUGUUCCGACGAGAAACUGAGUCCGAGUUGUUUACUUCGUUCUUUUUUUCCGCGUCGCGUGUCCGCGGACAAACAUUGUUUUGUUUUGUUGUUUUUUAUGGAGCAAAAAAUCUUUCUCUCUCUUUUCUUUCAGUUUUUUCUUCUUUUAGGCGGUACAAAGAAAAGAAAGAAAAUGUCUCUCUUCCAGAUGUCGCUGAAAAAAAGUUCAUUGAUUUUUUUCAAACGAACGUUUUUUAAAGAGAAAAUCACACGUUCUCUUAUCUUUUCGCUCCGACUUUUCUCAUCAAAUUUCAGAGAGCACAAAGAUUGCUCCCACUCUUUCUUCUCUUGUAAAUAAUCGCUUUUUGAAAAACCUAUACCCUAUCAAACGAAAAUCCAAAUUUUAUAGAAACCGUGAGAUGAGCGAAUCAGAAUCGCUUGGCGGUAGUAGUGCCUCAACAACAGCCGGUUCUGAUGAGUAUAACACCAACACAGCAUUCUCACAGUUAUUGGCGUCGUCGGGAACACCACGCCCAAUACCAUUUUCAACGAACUCGAAUUUGAUACAUCAUGCGGCCGCAUCGAAUCACGUGUUCAGUGUGCAGAAUUCACCAUGGGGUUCGGGUUAGUUGAUUUUUUUUGAAGAGAGGGAGUGGUUUGGUAAAAACUGAAAGGGUCUUACUAUUGGUUAGCAAAAACCGGGCGGUCAGAGCAAAUUAAUCAUUUUCAUAUGCAGAAAAACAUCAAAUAAAAAACAUUUAAAAUCGAAAAACAAAGAAAUCAAAUCUACUCAAGCCCCGUGAGUUUUCGCUAAAAUCCGCAAUUUUCCAUUUUUCAAUUCCCUCAAUCAAUUUUUCCUUGUCAUAUUCCAGGAAAAUUGCAUGAUAGACAUUCUGUCGCACUGAUAACACAAUGUUGUUUAUUAGAAAACAUUGAUUUUCCGCCCGCUUUAUCACGAAAUGAGGGCAAACUUCAAAAAAAUGAAAAAAAUUAAUUUUUUUCAAAUUGUGUGUAGCCUUGGGGUGACGGUGUUUGCACAAUUUGCAUUUAAUUCCACGCACACAUAUUUUCAUUUUUUCCACGCGACGGACAUUUCUCGCACUGAAAAUCCGAUUUUUCACACUAACUAUACUUUUUUUCCGGGUUGUAUAUGACACAUGUUGUUUUCCGAUAGAAUAGGUCCAAACAAAACCACUUUUUGAAAGAUGAUAGCAUCAAACAUCACUCGUUUUUCCAUGGGGCCUAAAAUUUAUUUGAUUUUCAAUAUAUAUUUCAUAUGUUUUAUUUUCUUAUCCGAUAUUUCUUGAAAAUAAUUUUAAUUUUAUUUUUACAGCCGUUUCACAGCCUAUGCUCGGUGGCUCGUUUGGCUUGGCUCCAACUCCGCCGCCGAUCUCUGAACAGGUUAGUUUUUUUUUUCAUUUUUUUUAUUCUGAAAAAAAAAGGGAGGAAAUUUUUUUGUUUACCCGGUUUGGCUAUGACGUCACUACCGGGGGCUCGCUGAAUGUUUUAGUUAAGAAAACACAUGUGUUUUUAAUAAAAUUUCACAUAAAUUAUAUGUCUAACUGUUAGUUUUUGGGACGAACGAUGGGAACAAAAAAAGUUUGUUCAGUCCAUUGUUGAUUGGUCUUCCCGUUUUUUUUCGUGGCGCCUCGAGGGUUUUUUUGCCUACCCUCCAUCUCUAACCAUUUCUCUAUUUCUUUUCUUUUCUUUUUGAAGACUAGAAAAAUGAAAAGAGAAAAGAAGAAUUGGGGGAGAAGAGAACAUUUUUACCGCAUUCUAUCGAUUUGCUGGUUAGUCUUGCGGUUUUUUUUGUAAUAAAUAUCGGAGAGAAACGAACACGUGGAUAAAUUGAAGAGAACAUGGAUUGCUGAUGUUGUAAAGUUAAUUGAGACUGGGAAAAUUGGAGAGAUUUUAUGGCUUUGACAAAAUGUUGUGAGGAACAACGUUUAAUCGGAUUGACAGAGCGUGACAUAGAAGGAACGAAAAUGAGGAGGAGAAGAACAUUUGAAUCGCCUAAUUAUCUUUUUAAAUUGGAGAUUUUCGAGUUGCUUGCAAGUUUGAUGGGUUUAGUUUAGUUUAGGGGUCUUCUACCGGAAAAUUAUGUAAGACUUCAAGGUUCAUGACAAAAAAAUAUAUUUUAAUGUAUGCAGCUGCAUAUUUCAUUUUACUGAAUACAAGUUUAGACACCCGUAGUGCAGCUGUGAAGGUUUUGAACGUGGAAUUUGAUCACACCUGGUUGUUUGUACUUUGCGGAUAAUUCGAAGAAGUAUGAGAUUUUUAUAGGCCUAUGGGGAUUGUUGAAAUGCAACAGAACUUAAUAUUUUAACAAUACAAAACGCGUUGAAAGCGAAAAAUACAGAAAAUUAUGGGUUUCGAGGUUUUGAAGAUGGAAUUUGAUAGCUGACUGUCAUAAAAAAUUGUUAAAUACGAUUUUUUUCAUAAAAAUCAGUGAAACGUCGAAUUUUGUUCAUGCUCCACCAUAACUCCUCAAUUUUCCGUUCAAAUCAAAUCUAUUCUUCAAAUCUACCCUUUUUUCCGAAUUUCUAAAUUGACCCUAAUUGGUUUGCCUCAUAUCUGAAAACCAAUCCAUAUAAGAUCAGAUUGCUGUCCGAAAAUUUGCGCCAAAAUCUACCACUUUUUCUUCUUCUCCAUCAUCAUCUUCUCCAAAGAAUACAAUUUCAUUUUGAUUUGUCCUCGGUGUCAGUUGUACGCACGCACUUCUCUUGCCUUUUUCGGCUACUAUGUUUUUGCCCGGUGGCCUUUCUUUUCAUGUUUUUUUUCCUUCCUUUUUUGUAUUAUUGUAGUAAUAGUAGUAGUAGAUGAUUUUUGAGUGACCAACCAAACCGGAUACUUAGGUUUUUCUCUUGGUCAACUUGUUUUUUUCUGACUAUGUAUGUAUUUCAAUCGAUAUUUUAUCGCGCUUUUUCUUGUCGCUAGUGAGUGGCACGGGUUUGUUCAUCUUGCCUGUCUAGAAAAAAUGCAGACCACACACGAAGAAAUAGGGAAUGUUCGCGAACGAACACAGUUGGACACCUUUUAUCACCCAUUUACAAGGGAUUUACAUACACGUGGCAAAUUAUCUCUUGACCUACCUAAUUAGAAAAUAAAGAAAACUUGUGAUGACUUUAGAGACCUUGUUAGUCAUUUUUGUCUGACUCAUUUUCACCGCCAUUACUAAUCAAAGUCAUACUAAUUAGCGGAAGUUAGGAUUUUCUAUCAAACUUUUCAGACAACAAAAUAACUAGAACUAUUAUUAGAAACCACUCGUUUCUUUUUCAAUCAUUUUCAUCUUCUUUGAAAUUUGUGUGUGUGUUUGCUAUACUAUAUACACAUACAGCAGAAAAAAACGCGUUCGUUUUUUAUGUAUGAUUCAUGGUGUCUGGCACGAUGCGCCAAAAAAUGAAUGAAAUUGCGCUCGCGCGACCGCCCGCAGACGCCACGUGUCGCUAGAAAUGAUGAAAUCGCCUAAAUUUGUAUGCAAGCAACCAGACAGCAAUAAAAUAUUGUGAUUUAUUAACUUGGGAAUAAAGGAAGCGACUAAACUAAUUGAUAUGUGUUUUUUGAAGCACCGCGGUCUUUUUUAUUAAAGUUUUUGUCGCCGUUUUUCUACAUAGGAAAAAUAUUAAUUUGCUGCUAUAUUUUAUUACAAAAUACUAAUCCGCAUAUAAGAACCAUAUUUUUCUGUAAUGUUUUGUACCAUUUUUAUUCAUCCGGUCGCUUCUGGCGCCUAGCCAAAACCAAAAUAUUCAUAAUAAAACAUCUCCCGGUGGUUUGAAACGCCCCAUUUAUCAUUUCAAAACCAACCCACCACCGAACAUUAAUUUAUGUGUUGUUUUUCUGCCCCGCGAAUUUAUUUCCAUAAUGACCACAUGUUUAUAUAUAGUCUAGUUUGCUCAUAAAAGGUCAAAAAAUGUAUGUUGUUUGAUCUUUGGACAUUUAUUUAUUGAUUUUAGUAUGUAUUGUCACUUGAGUGUGUCUGAGAAAUAUAUUUUCGAUAAUUGAAUUUUCGGUCUGAUUUUUCUAAUAUUUUUAGCUGAAAACCGCAGUUUUCUUGGUGUCUAAAUUGAAUUUUUCACAGUUUCUUUCUAAGGCAUCAGCAUCUUUAACAUGUUCAUUUUUUGGUGCCAGUUGGGACCAUCCAAGGACAUUUUUGUCGCUCCUCGUGUUUUUUUGCCCAUCUCGAGUUUUUUCCCCUUCUUGUUCGCUGCCGCCACGUCGUCCCUUUUCCUCAAUACAUUUAUGUUUUUUUCUAGUUUCUUUCUAUCUCUCGCCAUUCUCUCCAUAAAAUGUGUGCUAUUUCGUCGAGCUGCGUCGACCGCCUAUGUGGUGUUGUCUUCGUUUUCUUCGCUCUUUUUCGUUCGUUCUCCCGCCUACUAUUUUUCAAUCUUCUUUUUUCCUUCUUCUCAUGUUGUAUAGUGUUCGGUCUGCGUCUCGAUUCUCGCGCACUAGCCGACUGGUACCAUUAUAUUAUACAACCACUAACACUAUUUUGAUUGGGGCUUCUUUGCCGAGGUUUUUUAUUAGGUUGAUUUCAUCAUUGUGAUUCAAAUUCUGCUAGAUUUCGUAAUUUUUCUUUUCAAAAACCCGAAAAUCGUGAUUCUUGAAUUUUUAAAUAUGAGAAAGGCUUCUUAUCGUCUUAAGCUCAUUUGUGAUAUAAUUUAUGAGAAAUUUUCGUCAUUUUUCAUCACCAAAACAUAUUUUCGAUGAGAAUAUUCUGAAUUUUCAUAAUUCUCAAGCUUUUUCCAUAUCCCAAAAUGAUUGUUUGCGAAUUUUUACUGAUUUUCCAUGUCUAAAAUUAUUUCGGGCAUUUUUCAUGCGAAAAAUAAGAAGUUGUGAAUUUUUCAAGCUUUUCUCAUCUUCCCCAUUGUUUUUUUCCAUCGAUUUUCGCUUCCGAAUAAAUAUGUUUUUCCCGCGGGGGAGUCUUCCUUCAAAAAACCAUCAAAUUCCUCCCCCUCAUUUUUUGUUCGAGAAAAUCGAAUUUUUCCGCUUCGAUUUUCCCAUCCCAAAAGCAUCAUCUUAAAAAGUUUUGUCAAUCAAAAUUCAUCGGAAGAAACCGGAAAACAGUCAGUCAUAUGAUUCCACGAAAAUUGAUGAUUUGUUCUUUAUCAAGAUGAUCAAGAUUUGUUCCACAUUUGGGUUUUUUCUCACGCCUUACUAAUUUGUGUUGACACACAUACAAAUAUUAUGAAGGUGAUGAUAAUUAGUUACGUCAAGGUCUUUUCUUUUUUUCUCCACCAAGUUGGUGUGAUUUUUGAUCGCAUAAAACAUAUAUAAAGAGAAUGGAAAUGUUGUUUGCAUAACUAUCUCUCUAUCUAUUCUUUCCUCUUUUUUUGCCAGCUUGGCGCCGAUUUUUACGAGUCGAUCCGAUUUGAUUUUUUCUUGUACACCAUGACUCCGCCUAUUCUUUUUUUUGGUUAUACCAUCUGUCUUUUUGUUGGGUGGAGGAUUGUCUAUUUUUCUUUGUUACGCUACUUUUUCGUCCUUCUGUUGGGUUUUUUGUUGGUAGAAUAAGGAAUCUGAGAUUGAGCGAAUUUAACUUUUUUUAAAUUUCCAGUCUUAUAAAUUUUUGAUAGUUUUUUGAAUUUUCUGGAAAAUACGAUUUUAUUUAUAAAAUCUUCAAAAAAUAGUGGCUCAAAAUUUUCCGGGGUUUUUCCCUCUUCAGCCUUCUCCUCUCAAAUUCAUUCAAAACCACUCUUUUCACUCAAAAUGUCUUCAUUUUCUAGGUUGUCAAGUGCCCAUUGUGCUUGGAACCAUAUCGAGAGCCAAAAGUUUUGGCGUGUUUCCAUUCGUUUUGCAAAUUGUGUUUGGAGAAACAUUUGGAAUCGCCGGAACGAAUUGUUUGUCCGCAGUGUCACAUGGAGACUCAGUUGAGGUGCGUUUGUUUUUUAUCAUCAUUAUUAUAAAAAUAAAAUUUGAAAACAAAUUAUUGAUUGGCGAUGGGGAAUAUUUCGAAAUUUGUGGUUUCUUAAGAUUUUUCAUAUGGAAAUUGGAAAACUUUCUGAAUUAAAAAAUUUUCCUUAGAAAUUCCACGUCCUCAAAUUUUUUUCUUCAAAAUUUUGCACUUCACGAAUAAAAAAAUGUCAUUUAAUUUUUUAUCACCGCUCCCCUUCUCCCAUAAAUUUGCCCAUUUUAGCGUACACCUCGGUCUCGACUCAUUACUAACCGAUUUCGGUUUGGAAUCAGUAAUGAAUCGUCAAAUGCUCGGCGGCAAUCCAAUAAUGGCCUCCUCAAAUCCAAUAAAUAUGGCCGGACUAUCAGGACAUAACAACAACAAUCAUGGAAUUGUUGGCGGACCGCCUUCAUCGAUGCCCGACUCGAAAUCUGUUGUCGGUUUCGGUUUCGGCUCACCGAGCUCGACUUCUUCAUCACCGCCAUUAAGCGAUUCACCGACUUGUGAACAACAAAUGAUGAAUCUGUCUUUGAAUGGAAGUAUUGGAGCUGGAAGCGGAGCAGGAGGAGUCAAAGGAGCCACUUGUUCAGGAUGCAAAUCGGGAGAGCAGGUCGGUUAUUUACUUUUUUUCUGAGAAACUUCGAAAUUAACUUUUGAACAUUUCUAGAAAAUCGUGAGAUCUGUUGUUUAUCCAAAAAUUUCAAUAUUUUUUUUCAAUAAAAAAAACCCCGAAAAUUUUACGUUUCAAAUUUUUCAUUAAUUUUCGUAAUUUCUGAAAAUUUCAAUUCGUAUCCAAUCUAAUGAUUUUUGGCAUUUGUGAAAAAGUGGAAUUGUCGACUCAGUUUGAAGAAAUUAGAUCCGGUCCGAUUUCGAAAUCUUGAAAAUUAAAAUAAAUCAACAAUCAAAGUAGUAAUGAUUUGUUUACAGGCCUCAGCAUUUUGCCACAAUUGCAACUACAAUUUGUGCUCAAACUGCACAAUGGCUCAUCAAUUUAUGCAUUGUUUCGAAGGACAUCGAGUCGAGAAUUUGCCGCUCUCCUCAUCAAAUUCGAAUUCGCAACCAAAUUCUGGCCAGAUUUCAUCGUCAGCCUCAUCAACAUCUUCAACAACAAAUGUUGUGGCGCCAAUUUCAGGCAGCGACAAUAAAUCGUGCAAUUGUUUGCAACAUCGCAAUCAACAAUUGUGCUAUUUCUGUUUGACAUGUAAUUUGGCGAUUUGUCGAGAAUGCACAAUGGUUGAUCAUGUUGCACCACAUCAAGUUGAACCUAUUUCCGAGGUGUGUUUUAGGGGGAAUUUUUGAACUAAAAAAUAAGAUAAGAAAAAUUAAAAAAUUGACCCUGGACCAUUUUUUUUCAUUUUUUCACACUCUAAAAAAACUGUUGUGUUAAUCUUCAAGGUCUAUUACUUCUGGCGGGAAAAUCAUCAACCAGAUGGUACUUUUUUUUUGGCUUAUAUAUUACAGGUGGUCAGAAAAAGGGCAUUUUUGGAGAGGGGCAGAUGGUAGAAGAACAGAACAAGACCAUGUGAAUAUUAUUUAGAUGGAAAAUUGAGGAGAUUUUGAAAAAUGAUAAACAUUUUAUGACAGAUGUUUCAAUUUUCAUACGCGGUUUGAUGAGCCGGAAAAUGAGAUUUUUUGAAUUCGCAAUUAUUUUGGCGCCUAAAAAAUAUAUAAUAUUCAAAAAACCACCGAAAUCAUCAUUUUUUCAAUUAUUUUUCAGGUCGCUGACAAGCAGAUGAUUAAAAUGGAACAAUUGGUGAGCGAAGCACGUGCCAAACAUUCGGAUUUGUUGGAAUUGUUUAAGCAGGUGAGAAAAGCCUGUUGCGCAAUUUUUUAUUGAUUUAACCUUUUUUUAUCUGUAGGAGAUUUGGGUGAACAUUGAGGGAGUUUUUGAGGAAAAUUACAAUUUUCAUGUUAAAAAUUCAUAUUGAGAGUCCAAUUUUCAACUGAAUUAGCUUUAAAAUAAUUAAUUACACCGGCAAUUUUUACCCCAAAUAUAUAUUUUCAGGUUGACAAUGCUCAACAAAGAUUGGCAACAUCACUUCAUUCAGCACAUGCGCAACUCGAUGAAAAUGUCGCAAAUUUGGCAUUGGCACUACAAGAGCAAAAACGGACAAUGGCCAAAGAGAUUGAUUCAGCGUUUUCGGCUAAACAGGUUAGAUAUUUAAAAAUGGAUAACAAACUUAAAUUUCCCGAAAAAUACCGAUUUCAAAUCAUAAAAAACUAUAGUCUAGUGCAGAAAUGGCGAAUUUCCAUUUAAAAUUAUCACUUUAAAAAUACCAGUUAGCUUAAUUAUACAUGCUCUAAUUUCUCAUUUUCAAAAAAAGAUCAAAUGAUCAUGUUUGUUUUGUUCUUGUAUUUAGGAACCAUGUUGAGAAAAAGUGCAUAAUAAUAACAAAUAUAUAAUGGGAUAAUGACCUUUUGCCAGGUGUCUGGAACAAGAGAUAAUCUGCAUUUUUGACCUGAAAUUCAAUAUAAAAUUGUGAUUCUUCAUCAAAAUUUGAGAGUUUUGGCCUGAAAUUUAAUCUCUAUUUCCCACUCCAAAACAGGUGCUAAAUAUUAUAAUAUUCAUUCACUUAUUUAUUUAUUUUUAAUUAAGGGGUUUUAUUAGGUAAUCUCUCUCUCUUUUUAGCACCUUUUUUCUUUUUUGGCGGCAAAAUUUGAAAGAGAAGAGAUAUAAAAGAGUUUUCUGGUAAUAAAAAGCUUUGUUUUUGCGAAGGUCACACAAGGUUCAACAGAUUGUUGGGAAAAUGAGGGAGUUUUGGGUUGCUCCUGGAUUUUUGUGGCUGAAAAUCUGAAAUUUUUUAUGAAAGUCUGAAAUUGGAGAGUUUUAGCCUAUUAUUUUUAAAGCGUCGACUUCAAAUUUUGAAAUUUAUGGAAAUUGAAACUCAUAUAUUUUGACUGAAAAUCUGAUUUUCUACGAGAAAUUGUAAAAAUGAUCUAUCUUCAAUAAUUUUAUCAACAACAAAGUUUUUGCAGAUCCAACUAACAAUGGUCGAUAAACGUAUUCAACAAAUGGCCGAAAAAUUGAACCAAACCAUCGAAUUCACAUCUCGUCUUCUUAAAUUCGCCACUCCAACCGAAGUAAUGGUAUUCAAACAAUUACUUGAUACCCGUCUCCAAUUAUUCCUCGGCUUCAAUCCAGAUGUCUCGAAUGCUUUGGGAUCAUCGUGUGAAAUCGAAGUGCCAACAAUGAAUGUACAAAUUGGCAAACAAACAAUAACCCAAUUGUUGGGACAAAUUCGAGGAGCCGCAAGUGAAUGGAAUUCGGCUGGAAUACCAUCGGCACAAAAUGGAAUGCCACCAACACCAAUUGGUCGACCACCAAGUCGACAACAUAUUCUUGAAUCGAGAAGUCCACCCAAUAGUAGUAGUCAUAUUAAUAAUCAUAAUAUUGCACAAUCUUUACCAUUGGCACCAAAUGCAUUUUCUGAUUCGAAUUUAUUGCGUCCGAAAAAUGAUUUUGGUGGAUCAUCGCAAUCUUUGGGACCAUUCAGUGGAGAUGCUUUUUCAUCUCAACAACAAUAUGAUAAAUGGUCGAUUGGAAUUGAGCCAAGUCUUGGAUUAUUAGAUUCUGGAAUGAUUGAAGAUGAUAAAAAUGGAUUGUUCCCACCAAGCAGAUCACAAAUCAAAAGACAGAAGAUGAUUUAUCAUUGUAAAUUUGGAGAAUUUGGAGUUCUCGAGGGACAAUUUACUGAGCCAAGCGGUGUUGCUGUCAAUGGACAAGGUGAUAUUGUUGUGGCUGACACGAAUAAUCAUCGAAUUCAAGUGUUUGAUAAGGAGGGAAGAUUCAAAUUCCAGUUUGGAGAAUGUGGAAAAAGAGAUGGACAAUUGUUGUAUCCAAAUCGGUAAGAAAAUCUUCAUUUUUUCACACGACAAAAAUAGCUCAAAAAAUAGCAUAACCCGUAAAAUUUCCCUUCAAAAUUUCAAAAAUACCAUAGUUUUCAAUUUUCAGCGUUGCCGUCAACAAAACAACCGGCGAUUUUGUUGUCACCGAACGUUCACCAACCCAUCAAAUUCAAGUCUACAAUCAAUAUGGUCAAUUUUUGCGUAAAUUUGGCGCCAAUAUCCUUCAACAUCCACGUGGCGUUUGCGUCGAUAACAAAGGUCGAAUAAUUGUUGUUGAAUGCAAAGUGAUGCGUGUGAUUAUUUUCGACAUGUUUGGAAAUAUUCUACAAAAGUUCUCGUGUUCUCGCUACUUGGAAUUCCCCAACGGUGUUUGCACCAAUGACAAAAACGAGAUUUUGAUAUCGGAUAAUCGAGCGCAUUGUAUUAAAGUGUUUUCGUAUGAAGGACAAUAUUUGCGACAAAUUGGAGGUGAAGGAAUCACAAAUUAUCCGAUUGGUGUUGGAAUUAAUUCGAUGGGUGAAGUUGUUGUUGCCGAUAAUCAUAACAAUUUCAAUUUGACUGUUUUCUCGCAGGUUUGUACAAUUUUUGGGUUUUUGAAAUUAUGAAAAAAUAUUAACUGAAAAUUUUUUGAAAAUUCACUGUUUCAAAUUUUAUCUUAUCGGAAUUCUGUGCUAUGCAAAGUUUGAAACAGUGAAAAUUUUUCUCAUAUUUUUUCCAGAUCCCAGAAUUUUCCCUAUGCUAAGAAAUCCCGAAACUUUAUUGUCUCAAAAAUUGUUUUGAUAUGAAAUCAAUUUUCAAAUUUCAAUUUCAGGAUAUUUUUAAGCACAAAAAUUACCAUCUAAGAAAUAAUCCCAAAAAUUAUUCCACUGUUUCAAAAAAAAAUAAAAUUCAUUGAAAUUUGAUUUACAGGAUGGUGCAAUGAUUGGCGCUUUGGAAUCUCGUGUCAAACAUGCUCAAUGUUUCGAUGUUGGUCUCGUCGACGAUGGUUCAGUUGUUUUGGCAUCAAAAGAUUAUCGUUUAUAUUUGUAUCGUUUCUUGCCAGCUUCUUCAUCAUCUUCAGCUGGUGUUGUUCCACCACAAAAUGGUGUUCUACCAAUUUCAUCAAGCUCACCAACAAUUCCAAUUCCAACUUCAUCAUCUUCUCUUCUUCUUCAAUAA